CCGGCCUGCGGGGCCAGAGUAGCCAGGAUCCCGCGCAGCUCCGACGCGGAAAUCCGCACACGCUCAAGCCCUUCCGCCAUCUUCGCGGCUGCUGCUACAGCUGCAGCUACUCCGCCACGGCCGCGCGCAGCCAGGAAACCACCACAGCCGGGCGACGCGCGCGGUCGCCCACCUCCCAGCGUGUCCCCGCCCCGUCCCGCCCUCCCUUUCCAAACGACGGUGGCCGCGCUGGGCGGAAAAGCAUCCGACGCCAGUUCCAGAGGGGCGGGGCCGGAGCGCGAGCCUGGGCGGGGCAGGCUUGCGCUGCGCUUGCGCAGAGGUGCGGCCGGGGAGGCGCUCGGAGGCUGGAGCUGGAGGCGCGGCGCCGGUGAGCGGAGGACCAUGUGUGCUCAGUACUGCAUCUCCUUUGCUGAUGUUGAAAAGGCUCAUGUCAACAUUCGAGAUUCUAUCCACCUCACACCAGUGCUAACAAGCUCCAUUUUGAAUCAAGUAACAGGGCGCAAUCUUUUCUUCAAAUGUGAACUCUUCCAGAAAACAGGAUCUUUUAAGAUUCGUGGUGCUCUUAAUGCCAUCAGAAGCUUGGUUCCUGAUGCUUUAGAAGGGAAGCCCAAAGCUGUUGUUACUCACAGCAGUGGAAACCAUGGCCAGGCUCUCACCUACGCUGCCAAAUUGGAAGGGAUUCCUGCUUAUAUUGUGGUGCCCCAGACAGCUCCAGAUUGUAAAAAGCUGGCGAUACAAGCCUAUGGAGCAUCACUUGUAUACUGUGAACCUAGUGAUGAGUCCAGGGAAAACGUUGCACAAAGAGUUACAGAGCAAACAGAAGGCAUCAUGGUACAUCCAAAUCAGGAGCCUGCAGUGAUAGCUGGACAAGGAACAAUUGCCCUAGAAGUGCUGAACCAGGUUCCUUUGGUGGAUGCACUGGUGGUACCUGUAGGUGGAGGAGGAAUGGUUGCUGGAAUAGCAAUUACAAUUAAGGCUCUGAAACCUAGUGUGAAGGUUUAUGCUGCUGAACCCCUGAAUGCAGAUGACUGCUACCAGUCCAAACUGAAAGGGGAACUGAUGCCCAAUCUUUAUCCUCCAGAAACCAUAGCAGAUGGUGUCAAAUCCAGCAUUGGCUGGAACACCUGGCCUAUUAUCAGGGACCUUGUGGAUGAUGUCUUCACUGUCACAGAGGAUGAAAUUAAGCAUGCAACUCAACUGGUGUGGGAGAGGAUGAAACUACUCAUUGAACCUACAGCUGGUGUUGGAGUGGCUGCUGUGCUGUCUCAACAUUUUCAAACCGUUUCCCCAGAAGUAAAGAACAUUUGUAUUGUGCUCAGUGGUGGAAAUGUAGACUUAACCUCUGUAACUUGGGUGAAGCAGGCUGAAAGGCCAGCUUCUUAUCAAUCAGUUUCUGUUUAAUUUACAAAAAAGGAAAUGGUGGGAAUCAGUGUUUUUAGAAACUGAGGACAUUUUGUUCUCUAGUCAUUGUCAACUUUUCAUCUUACCCUCUUAGUUAUCAGAUUCUUAAUGGAGAAUGGGUAUUUCAAUAAGAUUUAAUAUAGUUUUUUUGGACUAAGUAGUAGAAAAACUUCCAUACUUAGUUAACUGAGACAUUUUGUCAAGGCCAAAAAAAGUCUUGCAAAAUGGGGUAGUGCACUGACAGGCCAACGCAGAAAAUAAACUUUGCCCAUCAC